AUGGACACGGACGAGCGGCUGCCGCCACCUGAUAUGAGCCAGAUCAGGGAGUGGCGCUCUAUAUUGACUCUUAUCGUCUUUAUCAUCACAAACACUGUCGUCAGCUUUCCCUUUCACAUCCCUAUUCCUGUUCCCAGGGUAGCCUGGAAUGCUUUCCUAGGUGUGCUCGCAAGAGUUCGUAUCAUCCCCCCACGAGAUCUCGCAGGGCCUCGAGAAGAUGGAGGUCGUUGGAAGGUGCUCAGGUGGUCCAUAAGCACCAUCAUGGCACCUGUUUAUGCCUGCCUCUUCCUACUUGCAACCCUAGCAAUUGGGCGUGACGAGGUACACGAUGGCACUGUUGGCUCCAACAACAUUGAUCCCUACGACGUCAUGAUAUUUUUCAUCACGCUCGCGUACAUCGCUAUCUCGAUCGACGCCUCUGGCCUGUUGAAAUACCUUGCCUUCAGGGUUCUGAAAAAGGCCGGAGCGCAUGGCCGCCGACUGUUUCUGUAUCUGUUCUGGUUCUUCUUUGCCCUGGGCACUGCCAUUGGAAAUGACCCCAUUGUGCUAUCUGGCACUUCUUUCCUAGCAUACAUGAUCCGCGCCUCCAGUAACAUAGCUUCGGCGAGAGCCUGGAUCUUUUCGCAGUUUGCUGUUGCCAACAUCAGUUCGGCCAUUCUGGUGUCGUCAAACCCAACGAACCUUGUCUUGGCUGCCGCCUUUCAGAUCAAGUUCAUUGACUACACAGCCAACAUGAUUGUGCCCGUCAUUAUCACCGCCGCAGUGCUUUUCCCCUGUCUGUUGUUCAUAGUGUUCCGUGACGAAAAGUACGUGCCGCGCGCCAUCGACAUGCACGAGCUGUCCGACGCUGAGAGGGAGCGUGAGCCUGUCAAUCCAAACGUACCCUAUGCCGGCUAUGGCGAGGACCGUACCCCGGUCGGCGAAAUCCUCAACCCCUACCUGGACCGACGCCAUGCUACCUACAGCGUCAGCAUCAUGGCUGCUACGCUGAUCUCAGUGCUCCUGAUCAACGCCAUCACGGCGAGCCGUGGCGGACACCCGACGCCCGUCAUGUACGUCACCAUGCCUGCCUCUUUCCUGUGCCUCUGCGCGGACCUCUUCACGGGCUGGCGCAACCGAGCCGUGACUCGCGCCGUCGCCCAGAGGGGCCGCACCCUUGCCGAGCGCGACGCCGUCGAGCGCGACCUGCGCGCGGCUUCCGAGGCGGGUAGAGUCCGCAGCAGCAACGACGACGACUCCUCGAUGCCCCGCUCCUCCUCCGAAGGAGGUCAGACGGCGAUGGAUAUCUCCAACGAGAAGCCUAAGAAAAGGCUCUCACCGUGGCACGCGACGUCGGACGAGGAGCGUGCAGCCGCCAUAGAGGGCGAGUUGAACCAGCGGCAGGCACGCCGAGCAGCGCAGCCGACGACGUUGGUGUCAAUGGCACGCGAGGCCCACGCCUGGUGGCGCGAGACGUUCCCUGCUGCGUCCAUUGUCCUCUCGCGGCUACCUUUUGCAUUGGUACCCUUCGCGUUCGCCAUGUUCAUCUUGGUCGAGGCGCUUGUGAGGAAAGGCUGGGUGUCGCUCUUCGCGUACGGCUGGGACGAGUGGGUACGGAGGACUGGCAUCAUGGGCGCCAUUAGCGGCAUGGGAUUCCUCGGUGUCUUUUUAUCCAACUUUACUGGCACAAACAUCGGGACCACAAUCCUGCUGUGCCGCAUCAUCCAGGCAUGGGUGCAAAUCACACAGAGUGAGGGCCGGACCAUCAGCGACCGUACCUUCUGGGGCUCGGUCUACAGCAUGGCGCUAGGCGUUAACUUCGGGGCCUUCGGAUCUGUCUUUUGCGCAUCGCUUGCCGGCUUGCUUUGGAGAGAUAUCCUGGCUUCCAAGGGAGUCAUCGUCCGCCGCAUCGAGUUCCUAUGCGUCAACGCGCCAAUCAUCGGCAUCGCCACAGCCGUUGGAUGCACAGUCCUCGCUGGUGAAAUCUACAUCAUGCGGAAAGAUGAGCCGUAUGUGGCCUGA